GGUCUAGGAAAUCAGGAGUCCCCAACGGACAUCACAGCUUUUGCCCAAGCCCUCUAUAAAAGAAGGAGCGCACACACCCUUUGAGCCUUCUCUGAAUCACCUGUGUUCUCCCAGCCAGCACAGAUCCUGCUAGGAGCUUGUUAGGAGCAGCUGCCUGCAUCAAUCCCACAGCCAGAGAAUCUACUGCCCCAUCCCCUCCUGGCUCCCACAAUGAAGGCUCCCAUCACCCUCCUUCUCUUCCUUGCUGCUCUCCUGGCUACAGGAACCUGCCUGGAGUGUGAGGUGUGCACAGGGUUGACCAAGUUUUGCAAGGGGCCCAUGGAGCGCUGUGGCCCUGGAAUGGACACUUGCGCUGUUGGGACAAUUGAAACCAUAAUGGGUGACAUCCGGACAGAGACCUUCAGCAAGCGCUGCAUGCCUCGCAGUGCGUGCCAUGGCGACCUCUUCAUCUACAACCUGGGCAAAGCCAUGAAAAUUCGGAAGAGCUUCAUCUGCUGCUCUGGCAGUGACUGUGUCAGGGACCCUCCCAUACUGCCCCCUGCCAAUGAUGUUCCCAAUGGCCUGCAGUGCCCGGCCUGCCAUGCCAUAUACCCCAAUAUCUGCCACAAUGAGACGGUGCUCUGUGCUGGACCUGAGACCCGCUGCCUUGAGGCUACUUCAUCUGUCAUCGAGGGCAAUGGUGAUACUGAGCUCAUCAUGAAGGGCUGCACGACCCAAGCUGUCUGCUCACGCUUGGAGGAUACCGGGGGAGCCCUGGGGGGCAUCAAGGCACGCAGCAGCUCCUAUGAAUGCUACCCAGCCUCUACUGCAGGCCCGGGACCUGCUGGGCUGCUGCUCCCAGCCCUAGCUGGGCUGCUCCUGACACAACUCCUCUCCUGAGUUCCACCUCAACCAAGACCUCUUCUGCAGCCCCCUCCCUACCACUGCUUGGCCUGGCCCAGCCCGGCCCAGCCCUGCCUGGCACUCUCAUAGGCUGGCUUCUCCCCUUUAGUUGGUUCCAGCCAAUAAAACCAGCUAGGAGCCAAA